AUGAAUCGAAAAGGAAAGAUUCGACGUGGAAAUCCGCCAAAAAAACUCGAUGAAAAUGGCGUUGCACUUUUAGAAAAGAUCGUGGGACGUGAUAAUCAAGACAUUUUAAAUGGAAAUAAUCAGCUGUCAAGGAAUACAGUGAAAAGAAAUCUGUCUAAAGAAAUAGAGGAAGAAUCUGGUCGGGAAAGAAUAAACUACCAUUCAUGGAAAGAAAAAUGCCGCUCAAAGGAAGAUAACCUCGGUGAUGCUUUUGUUCCACCGAAAUGUGCGACACCAGCUGUUUCCAUCGCUGAGAAUGUCAAAGCGAAAUCGCCACAGAAAAGGAAAAAAAGCCUCGAUGAAGGGAAUUCAGUUAAGAAAAUUGCAAGUGGUUGCGAUGUUUCGGGUGCAAAUAAUUUAAACAUCAGUAGCAAUUUAAAGAGAGAAAACAAUUCAACUGUUGCUAGGCACUUGGCAUUUUUCAAUGGCACCAGCACAUCUAGUAAUUUAAUUGAAGACGAAAACACUGACAGUGCAAUAUCCGAUGAAGAAAUUGAAGGUGCCAGUGUUUAUGGUAAACUUAACAGCAGGCAGAGAAGCCAGAAAAAACCCACCCGUGGGAGUCAAGUGGAAAAUAUAGUUUCUCGGACUCCCACCCCUACUCAACAAAAAUAUAAGAAGGGUGAUAUUGUGCAGAUGGAGAACGGUGUUCGAAAAAAAUUCAAUGGAAAACAGUGGAGACGAUUAUGCUCCAGGGAAGGAUGCAACAAGGAGUCGCAGCGCCGAGGAUAUUGUUCACGGCACUUGUCAUUGAAAGGAAAGACGCUUACAAAAGGAGUUGGGAUUCCAGGACAAAAGAAGGGGAAAUUGCAUGGGGAAAAACUUACAUGGGAAUCUGGGAAUGAGAGCGAAGGAAGUGUAGAGGGAGAGGUUUCAAGCAAGGGAUCUGGUCAUCACAACAUUGACCUCAAUGAUAAAGAAGCAGAGGCAGCCUUUUCACUUGUUUCUCUGAGUAAUUCAAGGUGUGCUACACCUGCAACGCCUUUGCCAAUCUCACCUGGUCAAUGCCCCUCACCCUCCCCGUACAGCUGUUAUGGCAAUACGCGCAGCACAACUCCGGGCCAGCAUCGGUCAGUUACUCCAGUGAGGACUUGGGUGGGUGCAACACCGCGCUCGGGGAGGUCAUCAAGUGCCGAGCUUCUAUCACCUUUCCCAAAUGGAUUGUCAUUAUCAAAUGCGAUUAGUCCAGAUUCUGGUAUUAUCUGUCGAGAUGAGUCUGGAAGUCGGGCAAGUAAUACCUCUUCUCUGAUGUCACCCGUUCCUCUACUUUCUCCUAUCACCCCGACAAAAAGAACGUUCUCUCCCAUAUCUCCUCCAGCUGGCUCAGCCUAUCGUUCAUUUUCUCCUAUACCUCGCACCCCUCCUGCAAUAUCAGGAAAGCGGACAUUUUGUCCUGUGUCACUCCCAGCACCUUCUGCCAUUACCCCUCCUAGAGAUAAAACAGGCAGAGUCAUGUACUCACCGAUACCCACCCAACCUCUGCCGCUAACGUCAAACAGCACAUUUGUGCCAUUUUCACAAGAAUCAAAUAAAAAAUCCCAAGAUAAUGAAAAAACAACUGAUGAAAGGAAUGACGAAGAUCAACAAAUGGCUUCUAAUGCUGAGCCUGUUAAGGACAUUGUUGAGUCAAAAGAUGAUGAGAAGUUAAAAGCCGCAUGCACAGAGGUUAGAAAUACUCAGAUUGAUCAGCACAAUGCUGAUUCAACUGAAAUAAUUACCAUGGCUCAGCUUCCACCAGUGCAAGUAAAUACCAUUCAGAUAGCUGUCUUCCCAUGGCAGUGUUUAGUCCCACAACUGAUCAAUGUUCCUGCAGACAGUUUGACUCAAACAAGCACUAGUAACAUUUCAAACUCACAGCUGGAAGUACAAAAAAAUGUUUUAAAUCAGGCAAAUGGAUUGGAAAGUGGUGGAAAUGUGCUGCCACUAAAGACUGCUGAUGGAGACGAUAGUUCAUCAGCAGGAGAAUUAAGGAAUGGAACUGGAAAUUCAAUAAUUACUGGGCCAAACACAAGAAAAAGAGCUCGCUCUGUCUCUGUUAGUAGCGAUGGAAAGCCUGCCGCCAAAACUGUGGUAAGCAAUCUUGAAAUAAUAACCGUUGUGUUCUAAAAAUAUAUAUGAUAAGUUCUAGAAAAUAUCCAUACUCUCUUUUUCUCUCUAAAGAAGGGAUUCCAAAAACCCACAGGAAAAAGUGACGGAUUCCCAUUUUUGGAUAUUUUAGGGUAUUUAAAGAAUACCCCCAAAAAUCCCAAAUUUGGAAGAGUGAGACAAGUCCCAAUCAGGGAACUUGGUUGGGAAUUCCCUGGUUGGGACUUGUCUCACUUUGCCAAAUUUGGGAUUUUUAUGGGUAUUCUUUAAAUACAUAGGCGUACGGGCCGGGGGGGCGAGGGGGGCUGCAGCCCCCCCAAAUUUUGGGUAACUCAGAUUUUUUGGGCAGCGAGAGAAAAUUUGGGCAAAGUCAGUUUUUAAAGACGUCUCCAUGUUUAUUUAAUUUAAUUAUUUUGAAGACCUGAAUAUUAACCUGAAGUCGGCGUAAUAAUCCAGUUACGUUACAGUGGUUGCCUAGCAUGUGAUGAGUAAUUUACAUAUUUGUAGUUUUUUUAUUGUUGGGCACUCUACUGCACUGCACUAGCUGGAAUGGGCUAUUUCCAAUCGUGAAUUGCGUAAAAUAAACUUUCGCAUAACUCUCUAGAAUCAUCUCCACUCGAGGAACAGUGUAUGGCAGAUAGCAUCAGCAAUGGGUAUGAAAAUGAAGAAGUGGCUGACUACUGAAUUCUCAUUUUCAAUUAGUAUAGCGAGAAGAAUCUUAAUUCUUUUAAAAAACCUAUCGAGCGGUUCCAUGAAAUUAUUCGCUAAUUUGUUAAAGUAGACCGAAAUGUUUACAAAACUGCUAAAAAGAGUGCCUCGAUGACUAAUCAAAUCCUUCUUUCGAUUCUAGCAAUCAAGCAGAGCUAUCUCCACGAUCUUUCACAAAUGUUUUUAAAAAGAUCAAAACUACUAUGAGGUGAAAUUGCAUGUCAAAAGCGCUUCGUUUUUUACAGAUAACGGCCAAACAACAAGAUUUUCCUUUUCUUACCGUAUUUCUAAUAAUAAAAACGUCAUUCCAAAAUAUCUUGAUAACGCUCUUAAGGUUUUGUUUAAACUUCACGAACAUCAAGGUGACCGUAUUAGAGAAAAAUGCUCCUGUGAACGAUUUUGUAAGGUUCCCCGUGCCGAGAAUCAUUGCUGAAGGAAAAUAGGUAAUUGGUUCAUUUCGUUGCUAUGACAGCUCCAAUGUCAUUGCAACCCUGAUGGUGACAAAUUUUCAUUUUAAUACAACGGACGUCGCAAUUUUUCAAAUGUUUGUUUAUGGCGACGUAGUUUAUGCUCAGACUUGGUAUUGACCCUGAAAAACUGUAUCGGGUACCUUCAUAUGCCAGGACGGCCUAUGUUGUUGCAAUAUGGCCCUCAUUUCUUUUCGACUCUUUCGUAAAAAUUUGGGCAACUUACCAGAAUUUUUUGGGCAAAUGGUUUACCGCCCCCCUGGCAAAAAAUUUCCCGUACGCCUAUCCAAAAAUGGGAAUCCGUUACUUUUUCCUGUGACCCAGGCUAGGUAUUGGGGGGUGGGGGGGGGGACAUGGAAGGGUAGGAUAUUUUUGGGAACUAUAGUUUGAUAUUGAAUAAGUCAAAAAGAAAAAAGCGGUUAAUUAAACCCCUGCUCAUUUGGGUAUGGUCUAAGAGAUUUCUUCCCCCUGCAAAUAACAGUCGGUCUUUGGACAUUGGCCGACCAAAAUUUGCAUAGUGUCCGACUAAAUCCCACCUGUGUUUAGACAUAAUAUCCGGAUAAUUUUUUUUUUAUCGUAAAUCAUUUUAUGGUAAGGAAGAGUAAGAAUCUUGACAACCUUGAGUAAAUCUUAGGACAUGUUAGGACCAUCUCAAAGUCACGAAACAGCAUUAGUGUAGUAUGUCCUCUGUUUUACCCGAUAUAAAGUUCAACCUUUUUUGGUGAUGUCUGACCAAAAUUUUGUUUUGUCCGACCAAGAUGGUAUCUUUAGUGGGACAAUUAAUUUUAUUAUGUCCUUUCAACAGAGAAAAAUCAUUUUCAACCCUGCUGUUUACUUUGUACAGCCUGUAAGUUAGGUGUUGAUGACCGGUGAAACUGUAUAUAUGGGUUAUACAUGGGAUUAGGGUCUGCACAGGUGGUUGGGGGGGGGGGUGGGGGGGGGGGUUGGUGAAAAUGGGUCAAGUUUCAAUCCCUGAUAACAUCUCGUAUGCAGCGUCACUUUGUAUAGAUGCUGAAUUCAAACCUUUGUAAGACAAACACCAAAUCUCACCAAAGGGGUUAAAAGCCAAACAUGCAUCACAGAGAUGCCUCCCCCCAACCUCCCCUCCCUCACCCUCCAUUGGAAAUGAUCAGGAAAAAAAGAAUUUCACUACUUUUUUUAGAAUCUCCAGACUUUUAUUUGUGAGUCUCCAUAUUUUCCUUUAUCAGGGGUUGGCAGGUCUGUAAGUAUAUUAAUCAGGUUCCACUGGUUGGCGGUUUGAAGGCACCUGGGUACGUAGAUGCCACUCUCAGGGAAAUUGUCAAGGUUAUGCAUUGCGUUCGCCUGCCGUCCAUGGCUCCACCGGCCUCCUAGGCACCUCCCCCCAUGCUCAUCUCUGUUGAUGAGUUUAAUGUAAUAUAUAUUUUUUGAGUUCAAUAUUUUUUUUUUUCAGGCCACUGGGAAUCAGGCAAAACAAGAGAAAGAACACAUCCGCCGGCCAAUGAAUGCCUUUAUGAUCUUCAGCAAACGUCACCGAGCCCUUGUCCAUCAGAAACACCCCCACCAAGACAACAGAACAGUGAGCAAGAUACUUGGUGAAUGGUGGUAUAACCUGAGCCCAAAAGACAAGCAGAAAUAUGUAGAUCUUGCAGCACAGGUGGGCCUUAUUGUUAAAUUUUAAAAUUUCCCUUAAAUGUGAACUUUUAUCAAAAUAUUCUAAUUAAAAUGUGUCAUCCUAUUUUUGUAAGUAUUUUUUGUAUAUUAAGUUUUAUUAUUCUUCUCUUUUCCUGUGUCCUAGUUUAUAUUGUAGUUUAUUUUGUAAAAUUGCAUCGUCUUUUCUGUAAUGUUUUGUCUUGACUUUAACUAAUGUACAAGGGAGCCUGGACCCCAUAUAAGUCCUAGGCGUCCAAUUCGGGCGUCCUCGUCAUUGUUCCAAAGGAAUGUCCCCUUCCUUUUCUGUUGCACAAAUGAAAACUGAGAUUGGGAUCUUUAAAUCCAUGCAUUAAAAUACAUGGAAUUUUUCGCCCUUUGCCCUUCUCAAAGUGAUAUUUAAAAAAAGCUUCCUAUAGUAAUAGCUGUUAGUUUAUUUUACGUGUAAGGUGUGUAUAGUUUCCAUUGUAGAGGUCCCCUAAGUGGGUUUAUGUAUGUCUCUCAUCUAAAUUUCAAAGACAGUCAUUUCGUGUUUUGAAGAGUGGGUCAUGUCUUUGUCUGUAUAGGCGAAUCUUUGUUGACACUUUUUGCCUCAUUAACAUAUGUGCAUCACUGUAUGAUGACGCUAAUAGAAUAAAAACUUUGAAUAUUGAAAUGGCAUAACAGUUUCAGUUAUCUCUGAAAAUUUGAGCCCAAUACAGCAAAUGGUUUCGGAUAAAUUCUCUUCUAAAAACUCCAAAUUUUACUUUUUUGCCACACAGCAAUUUCGCAGUUUUUGAUAGCUGAUAUUUCCUUCAAUAUUGCUUGCAAAGAGCUGAAAAUUGCACAAACUGCUCAACUUAAUCAGCUCUUUCAACUUUUGCAUUUGGUUCAUACAUACCGCCAUGGCUUCUGUGAGUUAAGUCGUAUGCUAAUGAGGAAAACUGUAAACAAUGAUGUCAGCAAAGAUUCGCCUAUUCAACCCAUCUUCAUGUCAUUUGUCACCAUUUCAUCUAGUACAUCUUCUGUCGCUGUUUAAAGGCCACAUCACUUGUCGCAAUAUUACCCCAAUAUGGUCUCAUUGUACCACUAUUUUUUUUUCAGGUCAAAGAGGAGCACUUCAGGACUUAUCCACACUGGAAGUGGUGCCAAAAAGACAGGAAAAAAUCCCCAAGAAAAGGUUCAGAUAUAACGGAGUCUGCUGAUUCAAUGAGUAUGUUGUCAUCUUUUUUUUAUUAAUUUGACUAUAAGUUCAAGAUGAGAAAAAGUAAAAGUCUAAAAAAAAGUAUUAUUACACCAUGUAGACAUUUUGAUCCAGCUCUCCUGAGAGACUUCCUUGUAGAGGGCCUGCCAGGGUAAAUUCCGCAAAGCGACAGUGCGUAAAAUGAAAUCGCGACAACAGACAACCUCCCCCGGCCAAAUUGCGACAGUGACGGCAAAGCCGACAAUAAGCGACAAGCAUUUAUCAACACCGACAGGAGACGUUUUAAAAUUCAGACGGGCAACAUGGGACCCCCCCUGGCAGGGCCUCCUUGUACUCUCAAAGAGACUCUUAAGAGACCUCUUGUAAGAGACUUGUUAAGGAUCUCGUAAGAGACCUCUUAGCCUGCGAAAACAUCCGUUUCUCCUCGCUCUUCAUCGCUGGGGACGUUUCGCGCGGAGGAACGUCUGCAACUCAGCGACAGAAAUUCCAUACUGAUGACGCAAAUCAGUGUUUACAUAAUAAAUCCGGUAGUCAUGGGGUUCCAAAUAUAAAUUUGUCUAAUUUUGUGUGUCUUCUGGUCCAUUUUGGUAAAGUGCUGUGUUGAUCUGCCCACGAGCUUCAGCAAAACUCAAAUGCUUUUUCUAGAGAAGGCUAUAUUCCACAAAUAUUGACGGUUUUGUUAGAGAUUCUUCGCGUUUACAUUUGACCUUUGUGGCCUUUUGUCUUUUGUCUGUCAUUCAUAAACAAUAGCUAAAACAAUGUAACUGCUGCGUCGACCAAUCAGCGCUUCUUCUUUACGUCAUCAGUAUGGAAUUUCUGUCGCUGAGUCGCAGACGUUCCUCCUCGCGAAACGUCCCCAGCGACGAAGAGCGAGGAGAAACGGAUGUUUUCGCGGGCUAGAGACCUCUCUUUUGAUCCAGCUCUGGUACAUAAGAGACCUGUAAAUCUUUAGUAAUUAGCAUUUUGGGUGGUUGCUUGCAGUACAUAACUUCGACUGUACGUAGGUAUAAUAAAGUAUCAACAGCUCUCAGAAGGUAGUUUUUAUUGCCACUAGGAGGUCUGUGACACUAUAUAGCUAGGUACUGAUGUUGUCUGAGAUACACAGAACUUAAUGGAAUCCUGAUUUUUCAAACCACCAUAGGGAAAGCAAAUUGGUUUGAAUUGUCGAGAGGUUUGAAAAAUUGGGGGUAAAUUUAUAGUGUUUGAGUGGUCAACCUGGGAAGUUAGAUUUGAAUUUUCAGGAGUUUUGAAAAAACCAAGGAUUUGAGAAUGCGGUAUUCUACUGUAUAUAAAAAAAUAUCACAGCAUCUUGUCACUGACUACUCCUUGCUUCCAGUGAUUUGUCAUACUAUAAUAUUAUUAAUCAUUACUAUAACAAAAUUUCCAAAUCUCAUUGGCUGUCAACUGUCCUGAUUUCAGCACUAAUAGGACAGUGUAAUAGGACGGUACAUGUCAUGCCUAAGUAAUUGGACAGUACUCGCCAUUGAGUGCACAUACUCAAAUGCUUGCAAGAAAACUCGUGGAAUUUUUCACGUUUUUUAUUUUCAAGAGGGCAAGAACAUCCCAAAAAUUAAUUUUGUUAUAGUUAUAGAUAACAGAACUUCAUUUCGUCCAAUUCUGUCUGUGAUCAUCCUCGUGAUGGAACAAAUCGGAGUCCCGCUAUGCUGUCAUCUGAUUUUGUUAAUCACUCAUAUGGUUGUUGGAUAAAAAAAGUUAAAGAAGUGUAUCAAAAUCGCUUCUUAUUCGUACUCAUAUGAUUACAGACCUAAGUGGACUCCAUUCAGUCUUAUUAACUACAAGUCUCUUGACUAGGAGCCAGUUUGUUUUUCUGUUUGGAUGAAUUUCCACCCAACCAACCGUCUUUUCUGUCUUUUGUCAUCAGGUGAUGGUAUUGAAUUUCACACUGAUGUCACAGUGGGCAGUGAAGAUCAAGAAGUAUGUUUUUGUUGUUGUUGCCUUUUGUAUGUCAAUAUUCUACUGUGGUGACCAUAUUGUUAAGCCAGUAAAAGUAUAAACCACACUGUUUUGUUGUAUUAUUGUGUGGUGAUCACAAGAAGAGUCGUCCAACAAUUUUUCUUCCUUUUUUUGAAAAUUCUUUUUUUUCUUAGCCUAUGACAGUUUGAAAAUUUUAAAAUUUACAAGGAUUUGUAUGGAAAACCUAUCACCAUGACUGUGUGUUAAGAGUUGUUUUUCCUACACAAAUCUUUCUAAUUUUGUUGUAAUCCUUACUUUUGGGAUAAGUGGCUGAAAAUUUACGCAUUAGCUACACUGUGAUUUUCAUAUACUAAUUCAGUUCCUCCUAAUCAUUUUUCCAAAAAGAGUUGUUUUGUGUUAACGGAAAGUUGAUCAAGUUGCCAACUAUUACAAAAGGCCUAUUUGUUUGCAACAAAUUGUGUUUCAAAAAGUAGAUGAGUAGGGACCUUCUCUCAAAAGUGAUCCCUGUGGUUUGAUCCUCGUAAGUCACCACCUCCUGCAGCUACUAAAUCUUUGAAACAGGAGGUUUCACUAAUAUUAAAUAGCUCUCUUUGAAGAUGUACGUAUGUUCUGUUCCUAGGGCGUCUUUGAUAGUGACUGCGAUGUAACCACAGAUGCAAAACCAAUGCUAAGAAGUAAACGCUCUCAGAGCACUCCUGCACAUCAACAGGAAUCUUGUCUAAAGGAUGUGCCUCGUUCAUUUACACCACAGCCGACGCCUCCAACACAACACUCACUCUUAGAACUUGCACAGGUAACUGAGUCGCUGACAAAGCUGAAAAUAAUUUUCUUCAAAUCUUUCUUCAGUUGAAAGGACACAAUGACCGGCCACAGAAAGUUUUGCUCGGUCAAGUCUUGUUUCUGAGCGGUCAAAAUAGCGAAAAGAAGUAAUGAAAACUUAAAACUGUGCCAUUUGCUUGUUCAAGUCGUCGCCAUACUAUUUAAAAUGUGGCUUAAUGACAAAACGGCUUAAGACUUAACCAAAGAUAGCCUAAGAUUAUUUACAGUUGAGGAUUUUUCUAUUCGUUCAAGUACAAGAGUGUUUGUGAUCGGUCAACAUGACCAGCAAGUGAGGUUUUUGGCCAGUCAAGUCACCAUUCUGGCCGGACAUUGUACGUUGACCAGACGUUAUUUUGAGCCCUGUAAUAAUAUUAUAUUCCAUCUUAUUUUUAGAUGUGCUCUGAGCUUGACAAUGGAGAAGUGUCCACUGUAACUGAUAGCAGACCAGUAUUAUCUGAGGAAAGACCCACCACAUCUGAACAGGACACUAAUGAUACGCUCAGUGAGUCAGAAGAUGACGACAUUGGCUCAGAAGAGCUGAUGUGUAAUGAAAACAUUGACGUUAAUGACAAAGAGUCUGAUGACUCGGACGAUGAAGAGCUUACGAACAGGGUGUUUCCACAGCAAAAAUUCUCCCCCGUUCCAUUUACAGUGAGACGGAGUCAAACGCCGGACAUUGGCAACAUCAGAUAUUCGCCCAUUGCAUUCCCUCCAAAGAGGGCAGUAACUCCCAAUAUUUACGAGCAAAUGCUUGGCAAAGUCCAUUCUCGUGAACAGACAGACAGUACUUGCAGGCCACUCUCCAAAAUGGUAGAUUUUGGCUUCAGGGCACCCAAAGGUUUGCCCUUCUCGAGCAAAAGUAAUUCUAGUGAGAAAGUUGACAGAGCAGUUUCAUUGAGUGGUCAGUUUGUCCGUCCAAAAUUGCCAACAACAAAGAGCAACUCUCCUGGGCUCACUGUAAGUGGCUACUUUCAGCCUACUGGAUCUGUCUUUAGACCAAGCCAGCCGUCAUCUAGUGGUACCACUUUACAUUCCUCACCUGGUUCAGACAGUUCUUUGAAGACCGUGUUGAGCUCGUCAGCUUCGUCACAGUCGGCGCCAUUUUCCAGUUAUGUCACAAAACCUUUGCCUGGGAUCACUGUAGCUGCAAGAGGCAGCCCGACAGAUUAUCCAGCGAUGGCAUUUCAAGUGAAACCCAACAGUCCCUCAUACAAAGCGGGCACCCAUGGACGGUCUGUAGUUAGCUCCAGCCAAUUCGGAGAAAGUACCCCAGUUUCAAGAUUUCCAUUUCAACACCAGAGUAUUGCAAGCACACCAUCGGGGCCACUUAAUACUGUUACAACCCCACAACUGGCCAGUUCAGAUUCCACGGCCUCUGCUGUUGGUCAGCAGCCAUCAUGGUCUCCGGGUUCUAUGCCCGCGCCCAUGGCACCUCUAACAGUGUCGGUGGCCACUCAUAACAUUCCUCCAUUUCACCAGUCUGUAAAGGCUACUCCUGUUCUGUCACCAAGCACCAAAGGGAAGCAGAAGCCUAUUGCGCCCCUUCUGUCGCCCCCACCGAUGGCUGCAUCGCCCACCGGGGACAAGUCAGCUGGACGAGUGCUGCUCGCAAAGAAGCCUGCGCCCCUUUCAGGGUUAGUAAUGGGACAUUCAAAUGCAAAGCAAGGGCCCUUCUCACCUGGAGGUUUGGGGUAUUAUAACGUAAACCCUGCGUCACUUGGUGUACACCAGGGCAUUAUUCCUGCACCCUUGCAAAGCCCUGGAAAGCCAGUCAACCAAGGACCUUCAAUCAGACCACACCCUGUGUCACCAAAACCAACUACCCAGCCAGUUUCACCAAGAUUUGCUGCAUCUAACACCUCCCAGUUGUCCCCUAAAGGAGUGAAAAUAUUGGCAAAACCAUGUUAUCCAAACGACAACCAUGCUGCUCCAACUUCUUCGCCAAGAACUCUACCUUCCAGUGAUGGAGAUCACACAGGUGCUAUUAAUACCAACAGACAGGCCAUGAAAGCUGAACAGAACCAGGCUGUGGAUGCACAGACAACCCAGCUGUGUCUAGAGGAUAGUGCAUCUAAAGGUCAAGUGUACGUCAAACCUAUACUGAAAAGAUUCAUAGCUGACGGAAUGGAAGAGUAAGUGUUCGUUCUCAGAGUUUAUUUAAACUCAGGGUUCAGUUAUUUGAAAAAAUCCAGAAUAGACUGUUAAUCUCAAAUUACCUGGAUUUGAUUUGAAGGUGAAGUAACAAAAAGUCCAAAUGAUUCUCCAGCAUGACAACAAUUUGGCUGGCGUCGUGUUUUCACAAGAAGCUUGUGGCCAGAUGUUUUUUUUUGUGUCCUUAACCGAAUACCCGAAGUUAUCCCAUCUCAAUCUUAAAAGUUUUGGUGAUAUGAAUCCAGUCUUUAAAAUUCUUAAUCCAUUUGCAGAUUCUAGUAGAGAAUUCAAGAAUGUGGAUUUCUUGGAAAAAUCCAAAUCCAGAAGACACUAUAAGGAAUUCUUCAUUUAUGCACGUCUCUGCUAGUUGGUUUUUCUAAAGUGGCCACUUCUCUCGCCAAAGGUCACUCUUUAUCAACCUCCUUGCCAUGGUUCUCUCACAUCCGGGAGACGAGUUGGAGAAACCCUAUUUCCUUCUACGAGAGAUUUGAUUUCCUGGCCUAACGUGAUUUUUUGUGAACCAUUCAGUUGAAAGCUUCUAAGCGAUACUUUUCCUGUGAUGCUGUUUAUCAUGCUUUUUCGAGUCAUUAAAUUAGGGUUAAGCAGUAGAGCAUACCCAUUACCGCCAUGAGACCGAAAUUAAGAUAACAAGAUUUCAUUGUUCGUUUUCUUAGGGUUCUAUCGAAGGUCAAUUUUGAGAGGCAAUUUGCUGAACUUCCUGAAUACUCUCCUCAGCAACGCCCCGGCACACGGGAGAGCCAUAACAGAGGUUCCAUCAACAGGCGAGGUCUUGUAACAACGGGUCGACCACACCCAUCGGAUGAAAGCGGACAGACGUCUGAGAGUAGUUUAGGUUGUGAUGCAAGCCGUGCGGUGGGAAUCAGAGCAAGUAGUAUGCCGAGUCUUGAAGCGCUGGCAGAGGUGGCCUCUUUGGAACAUGGCAAUGGACUGACAGAGGUCCUUAAAGAUGACAAAGGGGAUUCACGCCAGCAAGAACCAAGCAGUCCUACAAUGUCCGCUCACAAGAAGCCUAUAGACCAGCGACGGGGAGUGGUGCUUCAGCUUUUCCAGGAACACGGGUAUUUCCCGUCUGAUGGCGUCACAUCAGUGUUUCAACAGCGCUUUUCAGAUCUGUUCCCAACGAAAGCAGCUUUGCAAUUGAAGAUUCGUGAGGUUAGGCAGAAGAUUAUGCAUAAUGGCAGGGUUAACAAGUAAGACGCUUUUGUCGUAGUUAAAGAGCAUUCCAUUCGCCAAGCUUGCAUUCAAUAUGGCCGGCUUACAAUGGAAACCAUGAUAUUCGUGGAGUUUAUAUAAGAAAAAAAGUACAGUUAUAUUUAAACGCUGUUAAAAGGAGCUAAGUCGUGGCAUAAAUAUCUUGAACAUUUAAAACGUUAUUUUGUCAAGUUUCUCGAUUGGAAACCAUUUUGACAUCGAUCGUCCAUCCUUAGCGAUUUACUCGUUUACAGGUUACUGAAAUCUCUUGGGUUGUUCUUUUCUACCCAAGUGAUGUUUUGAGAUUUCCUUCUGUGUCAAAGAACGUUUUGAACGCUGCAAAAUAGCGAAAAAGCCCGGUGAAGUUAAAAUAAAUCGUGCCGAUAAAAUGUUACUAAAAUGUAAGUUUUUUCUUUAUUCCAUUGCUCGACGAAAAGAUUCCGUUAAAGUGAAAGAAAAGCCCAGUUAAAAUCCGUUUGCAAGAAGGUUUUGCAAUGGUACUUAGAGAGUAACCUUCAAAUUCAAUUUCCUACACAUGUUUAGUUCGCGUAGCACAUUUCUAUGAUUUUCUUAAAACUUGUUUCAGAUAACUUUUAUUCUAGUAACUGGAAGAGAGUAGACUCGAAGUUCUCACAAUUUGCUAGUUGAGUGAUGAAAUUUAUCUUAUGUUAAAACUUUCUCUCAAGGGAGACAAGAAUGUUACUAAUCAUUUUGCUUCUUGUUGUCGAGAGUUUACUCUUCGACAUUCCUUUAGGGCGUGUAAAAUUUUUCAUUACAUGUAGAGAUAUGCGCACAAAUUCUCCAUUUUUCUUGAUAAUUUGACUUUAUGCGCGAUAACUAGGUCACGAAAUUUCCGAAAACCGACGAUUUUCCAGAAGGUGAUGUAACGCGUGUUUCAUAGAUGUCCCAAAUACUCUUCGUGCCCGACAAUUUGGGUAAUUUUGAAGAACGCACGCACGUUUACGAGUAAAGUUCCGCUGUAAUUUUUCCGGUCAUCGGUUCGUCCGGACCAGAGUAGUCUGACAAAUACAACAGAGCUCUGGAAACAAUUUUAGGCGGCAUGGCAUUAUAAAGCAGCGCAUUUUUGUAAAGUAGAAUAUAGGGGUGUUGGGAAUCUAAACAUAAGAACAAACAUUUAAGUCUUGAAAGAUAAUGGAGACCUUUAGUUUCGAGGACGACUACGACGACGAGAUUUAAGUAAGUUUUUUCGCGUAUGCUCAAAAAAAGAUAUCCCGGAAAGCUUUGUUGAACUUAUAUUUACCAGAAGAGUUGGCGCGGUUAUUUUUCUAGAAGUGGUUAAGCCCUGCCGAUCCCAAAAUGAUAAAUGAUAACUUGUUUCCGCUCGUAGUAGAAUGACGAUGACUCAGAGAUCGCGUAUUCCCGCCAAAAUAUGACGCUGGUUCAAAACCUCGUACUCGUAGUAGUACGAAAGGUCUUUAGUUAACUUGGAAAUAUCAGACUUUCAUCAAAGUGUUGCGUGAGGGUUUAUAGUGUAUAUAAGAGUUUCUUAACAGACUCUUUUAAAAACUCGAGUUUGCUUUUUGGUUUAUAAGCAGUAUUUAUAAAAAAAGGUAAUACUUAUGUUGUUUUGUUUUGUAAGUUAUUUGAAAAGAGCAACCCCGCCAUAUCGAUUCGUGUUUUAUAGCUGUCGUGGAGUUCAAUUCCGACGAUUAGGUCCGAACGAGCGGCUUGAGAUGUCAUCGGAAAACUUCGGCAAAGUACGAGAUUGUGUCGGACGCGUUUCGAUGUGUGCGCGGCAGUUUAAUAGUAGUAGAGCACCUAUUUAUUGAGUUAACGUUUCUGUAUAGUUGUAAGAUAGUAUUGAGAAGGGUAUAGAGUGAUUUUAUGGCAGCUGUACAUAUCAUGGUUUAAGUCUUUUUAACGUUGAUAGUGUAGAGCUUAAGGAUAAUAUCCAUUUCAAACCUGAGUGGCAGUGAAAAAAAGCCGUAGGGGAAUUUAUUGAUACAGGUGUUUAAGGAGUUAUACUUUUAAAACAAAUACUAGGGAGCUUAUGAAGACGCCCACAAUAGCAACGACAACAUCAUGAAAAGAACAAUAAAAAGGAGAACUCUCUACGUGCAUCACACGUUUUUUGUCGUCCAAAUGUAACGCAACUUAACCUAAUGUCAACUUAGUGUGACGUCCUAUACGCAACACAUCUCCCAUAAUGCACCUUAUUUGGU